CCUGUUGUCGCUGUGUGGAGUGGACCCUUGUAACGGUGUGUGGAGCUAACGGGAAGACUGUCUGGAUUAUUGAUACAGUAACUGAUCAAACAGCAGCAGGAUGACCAGCGCAGCUGUGUAUCCCCCUCCCUCCGCCCCUGCGGCCAACAUGUUUGGAAAUGUGCCCGGCUACGAAGGCACUGUGGCAGGAGGAGGAGGUUACCUGCCCCCUCCUAUGCCCAUGGAGCCCGUAGCCCCGCCCCAACCUGGCCCUGUACCUGAGAACUGGAACAUCCCCACUCUGUCAGAGGAUGUGGCUCGUGAGGCUUUCAAGAGCUUUGUGAAUUCUCAGUGUUGCUACAGUGAAAGUCCUGCCAAAGAUGGAGUCAUCACCAACAUGGAGCCGUUCAACACCUACAGGUAUCGACUGGAGACGUUCACUGAGUCCAGGUCAACUGAGUGGGCCCACAAACCUCACGAAGGUGAGCCGGCUGACUUCUACACCCAGACUGCCCCCCGGCCCUGGGAGAUCCAGGCCACCAAGACUCCCAGCCUCUUUAUUAAUCUCACAGAGGAGAUCCGCGUGCCCUACACCUCCUCCAUCCGGGAGUGCUUCACCUGCCAUGCCACGGGGUUGAUGCCGUGCGAUGAGUGCCAGGGAAAUGGAAAACCAUGCUGGGUGUGUAACGGCACAGGAAUGAGGGAUAAUGAGAGCUGCUCUCGCUGCAACGCUACAGGCAAAGACAACUGUAACAAGUGUGAUAAUCGGGGAACGAAGGAGUGUGAGACCUGUGAAGGAAAGCGACAGCUGCUGACCUACAUCAAGCUCAAAGUGGAGUGGACUAACAAUGUGGAGGACCACGUGAUCGAGCAGAACUCUGGUCUGAAGGUCGAUGAUCUUCGCUCAGUGAGCGGGAAGGAGCUGUUCAAGAACAACCAGUACCUGCUUUACCCACUGAUCGGCUUCCCAAACCCAGCCAUCUCUGAGGCCUCUGACCGUCUGAUCAGAGAACACCAAAGCAAGUACGCCCAGAACUCCAGGAUCCUGCAGCAGAGGCAGACGGUGGAGUUGAUCCCCAUCACCAAGGUCAACUACAAGUGGAAAGACGACUCCCACGUCUACUACGUCUACGGCAACGAGAACCAAGUCAGCGCCGACAAUUACCCAGCAACCUGCUGCUGUGUCAUCCUGUAGACACACACACACACACACACACACAGACACACACACACACACACCGUCUCAAACUACCAUUUUCUCUUUUUUUAUUUUAUUUUUUUUUAAUCCAUGCCCUCCCUCCAGGACAACUUUUAACCAGUCACUGCACAGAUCUGUCUGGUGGUGCUCACUGGGAUCCCAAAGUAGUCAGGUCCCAGUGUUGUGGAGAAAUCUGUAUGUUAUAUGAACAAUAACACACACACAUUUAUUCGCUGUGAUGAAAACUGAAUUUAGAAAAUUGCCUGAAAUGAAUGCCGAACUGAAACUUCACAACAAAAGGGAGAGUAACAACUUCUCAGUGCUGACAUUAAUAUUUGAUUAGUAAGUGCUCCACACUAACGAAACACUCCUGGAGGGAUUCAUCUGUUUCUCUCUGUGUUUCCAGAACUGUCCGUUCCAUUCAGACUCUACCUCCUUUUAGGACGCCGUGAUGCGCCACCAGGUGUCCUGAUGAGACAAAAUAAUAACCUUCAUAUCAACAAUUAUACUUUAACUAGACAAAUCUUUCACAAGAGGAGAACUGAAUUGCUGGUAUCCAAAUUUAAGACUGAAAUAUUAUAGUUAAAUUGACCGUCUGUAUCUGAUUAUUGUCUCAGUGUGGACACCUGUGUCGGCCGUCAUGUCUCUGACACCAUGACCACUUACCAAAGAUAUUCUUCUGUUACAGUUUACUGAAAACACAUGCCAGUAUGUGCCAUUUAAUGUCCUCAGUAUUGCAUGGAAACCUCAUAUCUCCAAAUUAUAGCUUUUUUUGAGAGCAAGCAGGAGUUUUAAUUUCUCCAGAUGUGAACAGAUCAGAUUCAUGAUAUUGUAAGGGAGCUUUCACAUCAGGGACCAGGCCCAGAUCUGAGUACGCUUGACCCCAAAGUCCAGUUUGUUUGACUAGUGUGAACACUUUGUACUGUGUUUGUACUUUGUACUACUAUUCAAUGUGACUGCAAGGUGAUUUAACAAGUUAGGAAACAGUCUCAGUUUAAUACUGAUGCCUUAAGGCAGCCCAUUGCUGACAGACCUGGAUCUUCAACCUGCAGUUGGAGCUCUGGAAGGAAGCGGAGAGCUCCAGUGCCUGACAGCAGCUGCUCUACCUCCAUGUGGGAACAGAGAUUUGCCUCGCUAGUCCACAUUUGACAGUCCUUGAGGCAGCAGUGCCUGUCUGCUGCAACCUUUUCUACGCUGUAGCAUAGCAAAAAUGUCACGUAAUGGCACUUGUGCUCAUAUAUUGCCUUACAAGGUGACCUGUACAGGGUGCCACCCGCUACUCAGUUAAACAUUUACAUGCACUCACACACUGGUGCUCUUACUUACGCAAUUUGGGAAUCAGUGUCUUGCCCAAGGAUGCUUUGACGUGCAGCUUAUAGCAGCUGGGGAUUGAACGGCCAACUUUCCAACUAGUGGAUGACCCACUCUACCUCCUGAGCCACUGCCGCCCCGCAGGUGAUGACUCUGCAAGUGUAGUCAGGUACAAAACAUUACUAAUGUGAACGCUGAGCAGCAAGGGAGUGGGUGGGGAGGGAAAUCAAACUCGGGGAUAGUUUGAAUCAAUUGUAGCGCGUAUGAAAACGCCCUGAAAAGCCAGUCACAUGUGGAGGGCAAUUAAAAAAGGAGAUAUGAAGUUUUCAUCUCACUGAGGUUACAUUUAUGAUGAGUGCUGUGUGAUAUUGCAUUUGUGUGCGAUCAGGUGACCGGGGGGGGGGGGGUGUGACCUGCAGCUCCGUGUGGGAAGCAGAAACACAGUUCAAUAACAAAAGAAUGUGGUUCACCUGGUUUCUACCUGAGCUCUUCUCUCUGUGGUUUAAUGUUACAUGAAGGUAGAAACCACUCCAGUGUUUAAACUGCUGAGAUCAGACGCUUCAACACAAACAUAACAAGGCUGUUGUGACUCCAGUAACAAAAGCCUUUGUUUGUCUGAAGGAUGGGUCACACCAGGAAGUGUUGAAGCAAAAUUCGUCCCUGUCUUCGCUAAAUGUUUUGGUCUAGAAGCUCGGUGAUGUACUGACUGCUUACAGGAUGAGCUGGUGAACCACUGUAGCUGCAUGGCAAGCUAACUACUAACACGCCAGUGCUGAUCAGACACAAUAAUGCUUCUUUCUAUCUCUCUGUACUGGAUGUUUUUUCUCUUGGAUUUUGUCCUCGGGAUUGUAAAUCAUUUCUUUCAUUAAAGAGCUGUUGUUAGCGAGUUAGUUAGCUCAGUUGCUAACAGGACAAUAAACUCAAACAGUUUAAAAAGUGACCAAGGGAGCAGGUUUCACCUCAACAUUAGGAGGGACACAUAUUAAGCAGAGAGUAUGGGGGUUCUCCCUCAGGAAAUUUUGACCAUCAACAUUUUAUUUUCUGCAUUCUGGUGAUUUUUAUGCACCAAUUUAUGGUGUAAAUGUCUUUAUUAAUGUAAAAAAAAUCAGGCUCUACAUAACAGUUCAAAAUAUAUAAAUAGACGAAGAAAUUUAAUGUAGUGAGGCUCUUAGGCAUCGGUAUUGCUUUCAAAUAUGUCUGCUCUUGUAGAUCAACUUCUAAUUUAACAUAGUCCCUGUUGAGUCACCACACAUGUUGGCAGAGUUUACAUUUCUGUCCAGUGUCUCUCAGUUGGGAAAGUAAAAUGUGCACAUGACACCUUUUCACAUCAGUGAGAAAUGAAUUCAUAACAAUUAUAAACCCCUGAACUUUAAUAGUUUAUGUGUUACAGAGAUAUUUAUGCUCAUGUCAAAAGUUCCUGCACAUUCAAAACACAUCCCACGUAUUUGUGUUCUCUGAGAACUCAAGAAAAAAAGUUGUGAUACUAUGAAAAUACAAUAUUAUAUAAUAUAUUAUAACAUGAUAUGAUAUAAUAUAAUAUAAUGUAAUAAACUGCAAUUUAGCCAUAAUAAAGCCAAAAUGUUUCAAGAAAAAAGAAUCUACCUGCCCUAUCGUCCGCUGUGUAUUACGUUAUUGCUCUGCUGAUAGUAUCCCCAUUUGAGAGGCAAAGUUUAAGCCAUCGUCCGCUGCUCCUCAUCAGAGGAGAAAUAUUGAAACUACCUGAAACAUUUCUCAUCAGGCUGAAUCAGUACAAGGCAUGAUUUGUCCCAUGUUGUCAUGCACAGAGCUGUUACAAUGACAAUACUCCAAACAAGUUCACUCAAAUAUCGUUAGGGACAUUUCUGUCCUCCUAAGAUAUUGGUAGGGACACGUCCCUUUCGUCCAUAUGCAAACCUCUGCCCUUAGUUCACAAUAGCAUUUUAGCACUGUUGCAGAAAUAAUCUCCGUCCACAGUAACACACCUGAGAACGCCUAUUACAUGGUCAUUUACAUAUACUGGGCAUGUGCAUAACAAUGUAAACAGGAACUGGCGGAACUGUAAAUGAAAGUAACAUAUGAGUAUAAGGUGGUCUAGGUGGUCAGUGAUUAUAUCUGGGUGGCUGUGCCCCCCCUGGCCACCCCUUGGUGGCACCACUGACAGUGUGAAGUGUCACAAGAAGCAUUAAAUAAACUAAAGUUUGUCACAUUCAGCCAUUAAAGAAAUGGCAAAGAAAACUCUGAUAUUUUAAGAAGCAAUUACAUCAUAAUACUAUUAUAAAUAUUAAGCUUCGCCAAGCGUUUAAUGUUUCCUGUCCUGUGUGAGGUCCAUAAAAGCCUUUAAGACUGUUUCUCUGUCGCUUUGACUCUCAGCCAAUCAGCUCUUAUUCUGUGAAGCUGCCUCGCUAAAGGGCAUUUUUUGUAAGAAACUUUACUGAGCCGACAAUUGAAAUAUCCACGCAGCAACCCGAAACAUGUAUCUCCAAUGCUUGUGAUUACUUUAUACCUUUCAAUGAGCUAUGAUCAUUUUUUACAACUUUUAGCCUCGACUAAAGUCUAGUCAAACUCUUUGGUGCUUUCACAAAAUGCUGUUCUGCUCUGUUAGACCUUAAAUAGUUUUGGUGAUGUAUGUUUUCCACCUGAUAACAGCUGUAUCAUAAAGCAACUGUCAGAUCUCAGUACAGUGUUUGAGACUUGCAACUGCACCAGAAAUACAAAAAAAAGGUUUGUACAUAACUGCAACAUCGUCAUAGCAACUAAUUCAAAACCCCUCAUGAUCCGCGUGGAUCAGAAGACAUAAAUGUAUUCAUUAAAAACACAAAUACAGAUUGAAAUGUGUCAGAGUCUUGCUCUGGUCCUCUUGAAUAUAUUAAUAUAAAGGUUGUUGAUGAAAAAGAAAAUAUUUUUUAUUUUGACAAAAUUGCAAAAAAAAAAAAAAAAAAAUGCUGGAAAGAUUAACUUGAAUUUACCAUUGAACAUAAGAUGACAUCAACAUUUAACGUCAGAACACAAAUACACAGCCUGCCCCUUUAAACGGCCCUCCUGCAGUACAGCAGACCUCCUAUAGAGGGCGCUCUCUGUGUGAGUAACAUACUCUGCUGACUGCCUUCAGUUUAACCAGUUUACCUGUGACAUAAAGGACAAAGCCACUUCAGGUUUACAGGUUUUAUUGUGUAAAUGGCCAUAUAUUUUUCAUAUAUUUAUAUUUAUGUAACCACAUAUAUUAGCUGAUUUAAAUAUUCCUUCCAUUCUGCAUUUGAUAAUAUCUAUGCUGCUUAUUGUUUAUCUUUGGUGGUUGAUUCUUUAAGCUGUUUUUUCUGUUGUCUGCGCAACACUUCUCAGCAGUCUGUAAAUUUUCAGAGUGUUCAUGAGCUCCACGUUAAAGUGACUCUGGCUGCGUCCGAAAUUCCGUCCUAACGUGCUAUUUAGUGUUGUUUGAAACCUUAGUACACAAAUUGCAUCUGAUUUCUGAUUUCCACCCACCCAUACCUGUAAAGCUCAGUACCAGAACCGACCCGUCAUUAAGUCUAAGUCAAAGCCACACCCACCCACACCCGUUAAUAAAAGUCCUGUGACCUGACCAACACCCAUGAUUAAACACACAGAGGCUACAGUCCCUCAUAUUAAGCUAAGUCCUCUGUUCUUGAAUUACAAAUGCAGUGGAGGAGAAGUCUCUUUCACUGGCUGCAGUCAUUGCUGGGAUGGUGACAUUUAGUGCAAUCACUGCAGGUUAGGAAACAUUUUAGCAUGCUCGUCCCACCACCACCAUAAAACCUCAAAAGGAUCAUCCUUGGGUGUCUUGAACUUGAUGUAGGUUGUCAACUCAACUUCAGGCUGCAAAGUUUCACCACUUGAGUCCUCCAUGUUUGUGACGAAUGUGAAGACAAGGUCAAAGGUUCAACUCGUGUCACUGAUGAUGAAAAUAAAAGGAAUUGCAGCUUGAUAAUAAUAGUGGGUUAGAUGCCGGGUAUCUAACUGCGCCCGGGGGCGUCAGGGGGAAACAGCGUGACAAGGACAAAAGUCUAGGCGGUGAAAGUCCAACUGUGGUGGGCGGGAGAGGUGGUGAAUGUGUCCAACAAACACUGACUUUCGCCCAAGAAAGCGGUGUUCAUGUCCUGUAAGAUUCUAAAGCCAAACCUUGUUCUUUUUUCCCAAACCCAACCACACGUGUUUGUUGUUGAAGGGAAAAAAAAACGUCAAUUUGGGGUGUUGUACCAACGUAGUGCGUUUAUUUUGAAAGAGACUGUAUGUAAACAGUCAGUUUCCUGUGAAAACGGAAGUGUAUUUUGAAAGAAAACAAUGCAUGUAACAGGCAGAACUUGACAUGGCGUCCAGGAACGUUAACAACCAAAGCACCCAGGGUACCUUGCGCGUCGUAUUGGGACGUGGAAGUCCAUGACCAAUUAUCAGUAGAUGACAGUGUUCAUAACAGAUGAUGGUGGACAGUCACCAAAACACCUCUGUACCGUCAAUAUCACUUAAAUUUAAAUGUGAGAUUGCACUUUGCCAAGCGAAAUAUAUUUUUAAAUCAUCAUUUUAAAUUGCUGGUAGAGCUGAAGUCGGCAUGGGUUACCACGGUAACGAGACGGCAAGGCUCACAGGAAGUGACGUGGUUAUUACGGCUCAGUGCUUCCAAAAAGACACAUACUACUGUUUAUGUACACAAAAGUAUAUUAAAGGCUUGUAGGCUACACAUACUGAGUAUGUCGUGCGUAGCGUGUGGUUUCGGAUGCAGUGUCUGCUUUUUAUUGUCUCAAAGUAAAGUGUUGCUGCUGGAAAGUGAUGAAGCUUUGAUGAAUGCUCCUUUAUCUGCAAUGGAAAUGCCUUAAAACAACACUGUGACUAACAAACAUCUCUGCUACUAACCUGAUGGACCUGAUACUGUUAUUACUCUGCUAGUACUCAGUAAUACUCUGUUACAGUAGAUUAUUCAUCACAUGUUCCUGUUAAAGAUGGAAAUAAACUCAGAGACUCA